CGCGCGCGAGCGGCGGCGGCGGCGGCAGUGUCUCCGGGACGCGCGUGGAGGUCGGUCUGUCGGAGCUGCGGGGCGCAGUUUCUCCGCCGGCUGCUUCCGCGCGGCCGUGCCAGCCAGCGAGCCAGCGAGCGAGUCCCCGCGAGCCCUGGGCGGCGCUCCCCUCUCCCGGCAACCCCCGUGGGCCGAUCGCUCGUCUUCCCGCUCGACCGCUUCCCCCCUCCGCGGCCUCGAGGCGCUUUCCGUUGGGCCUGUACUCGCCCGCUUCCAGCCGCUCCCCGUCGAAGCUCCAGAGAUGAGUUUUUCCAUCUCUUCAGACAUGAACCAGAUUAUGACGCAUGAUUAUCACAGAAGAAAUUCAUGUCUAUAGCUUUUAAGGACUUGAUUACAUCAUUUCCAAGCCUGAUAGUUUUGGAAUCACCAUUAGAGCUUAAGACACCUCUGCCUUCACUUCAACCACCUGUCUUCAUACCUCAAAGAAGUGCUGAGUUUUAACAGUCCUUUGUCCUUGAAUUAUUUAAAACAUCCCAGAAAUACAUUUCUCACCAGUAUAGAAGGCAAAUUUAUAAGGAAAAAUGAUUCCCAAUGGAUAUUUAAUGUUUGAAGAUGAAAAUUUCAUUGAGUCUUCUGUUGCCAAAUUAAAUGCCCUGAGGAAAAGUGGCCAGUUCUGUGAUGUUCGACUUCAGGUCUGCGGCCAUGAGAUGUUAGCACACAGAGCGGUCCUGGCUUGCUGCAGUCCAUAUUUAUUUGAAAUCUUCAAUAGUGACAGUGAUCCUCAUAGAGUUUCUCAUGUUAAGUUCGAUGAUCUCAAUCCAGAAGCUGUUGAAGUCUUGUUGAAUUAUGCCUACACUGCACAGUUGAAAGCUGAUAAGGAAUUAGUAAAAGAUGUUUAUUCUGCAGCCAAAAAGCUGAAGAUGGACCGAGUAAAGCAGGUUUGUGGCGAUUACUUACUGUCUAGAAUGGAUGUUACCAGCUGCAUCUCCUACCGGAACUUUGCAAGUUGUAUGGGAGACUCCCGUUUGUUGAAUAAGGUUGAUGCUUAUAUUCAAGAGCAUUUGUUACAAAUUUCUGAAGAGGAAGAGUUUCUUAAACUUCCACGGCUAAAGUUGGAGGUAAUGCUUGAAGACAAUGUUUGCUUGCCCAGCAAUGGCAAAUUGUAUACAAAGGUAAUCAACUGGGUGCAGCGUAGCAUCUGGGAGAAUGGAGACAGUCUGGAAGAGCUGAUGGAAGAGGUUCAAACCUUGUACUACUCAGCUGAUCACAAGCUGCUUGAUGGGAACCUACUAGAUGGACAGGCUGAGGUGUUUGGCAGUGAUGAUGACCACAUUCAGUUUGUGCAGAAAAAGCCACCACGUGAGAAUGGCCAUAAGCCGAUAAGUAGCAGUUCCACUGGAUGUCUCCCUUCUCCAAAUGCCCCGGUACAAAGCCCUAAGCACGAGUGGAAAAUCAUUGCUUCAGAAAAGACUUCAAAUAACACUUACUUGUGCCUGGCUGUGCUGGAUGGUGUAUUCUGUGUCAUUUUCCUUCACGGGCGAAACAGCCCACAGAGCUCACCAACAAGUACUCCAAAACUAACUAAAAGUUUAAGCUUUGAGAUGCAGCCUGAUGAGCUGAUAGAAAAGCCCAUGUCGCCUAUGCAUUAUGCACGGUCUGGCCUGGGGACGGCGGAGAUGAACGGCAAACUCAUAGCUGCAGGGGGCUAUAACAGAGAGGAAUGUCUUCGAACAGUUGAAUGCUACGAUCCACAUACAGAUCAUUGGUCCUUCCUUGCUCCCAUGAGAACACCAAGAGCCCGAUUUCAAAUGGCUGUACUGAUGGGCCAGCUUUAUGUGGUUGGUGGAUCGAAUGGCCACUCAGAUGACCUGAGUUGUGGAGAGAUGUAUGAUCCAAACAUAGAUGACUGGAUUCCUGUUCCAGAAUUGAGAACUAACCGCUGUAAUGCAGGAGUGUGUGCUCUAAAUGGGAAAUUAUACAUCCUUGGUGGCUCUGAUCCAUAUGGUCAGAAAGGACUAAAAAAUUGUGAAGUUUUUGAUCCUGUAACGAAAUCAUGGACAAGCUGUGCUCCUCUGAACAUUCGUAGACACCAGUCUGCAGUCUGUGAGCUUGGUGGUUAUUUGUACAUAAUUGGAGGUGCAGAGUCUUGGAAUUGCCUGAACACCGUAGAACGUUACAAUCCUGAAAAUAACACCUGGACUUUAAUUGCGCCCAUGAAUGUGGCUCGACGAGGAGCUGGGGUAGCUGUUCUGGAUGGAAAACUAUUUGUAGGUGGUGGCUUUGAUGGUUCUCACGCCAUCAGCUGUGUGGAGAUGUAUGAUCCAACUAGAAAUGAAUGGAAGAUGAUGGGAAACAUGACUUCAGCAAGGAGCAAUGCUGGGAUUGCAGCUGUAGGGAACACCAUUUAUGCAGUGGGGGGAUUUGAUGGCAAUGAAUUUCUGAAUACUGUAGAAGUCUAUAACCUUGAGUCAAAUGAGUGGAGCCCCUAUACAAAGAUUUUUCAGUUUUAACAAAUUUAAGAUUCUUUCAAACUAACAGGCUUAGUGAUGUAAUUGUGUUUAGUAGAGGUACAUUUGUGAAUAAGGAGGGUGGGUGGGUCUAGAGGUUGCUCACAGCAACACAACGCUUUUGCAUAUUGCAUAUUAUUAAACAUGCUGUACAUACUCUUUGUGUUAUUGGGAAAGGAAUGCAAAGUUGAAGAUCUGUUUUGUGUAUUUUUAGGGCUACUUUGGUUAUUUUACUUUUUGGAACUUGUUACUGUAAAAGAAUAAACCAAGAAUUGAUUGGGCACAUCA